UUGACUGCCUUUUUACUUUUGGCUCCAGUGACUUGCCGUUCGCCAGUCUCCGCCUUCACACAUAAAACGCGGCUGCGCACUCUCUGUCGCUCUUCUCCCACGUUAACCAGAGCAACUGUUCUCUGCUACCGGCACCAGAGCCUCAUUGUAAAGAAUCAUGGCUGAGCUGAAGGAGCGCACCUUCCUUGCCAUCAAACCUGAUGGUGUGCAGAGGGGCAUCAUUGGAGAGAUCAUCAAGCGGUUUGAGAUGAAAGGCUUCAAACUCGUGGGCAUGAAGAUGCUCCAUGCCUCUGAGGACCUCUUGAUGCAGCACUAUGUAGACCUGAAGGACAGACCAUUCUUUCCUACCCUCAUCAACUACAUGAGCUCUGGUCCAGUGGUUGCCAUGGUGUGGGAAGGCAAAGGUGUGGUGAAGACGGGCAGGGUGAUGCUGGGUGAGACCAACCCCGCUGAGUCCAAGCCUGGAACCAUAAGAGGAGACUUCUGCAUUGACGUUAGCAAGAACAUCAUCCAUGGCAGCGACUCAGUGGAGAGUGCCAACAAGGAGAUCGCCCUGUGGUUCAAACAAGAAGAGCUGGUCAGCUACACUAGCUGUGCCUUCAGCUGGCUCUACUGAGCUGUCCCAGGUUCUGCAGCAGUCCUCACUCGCUGGUUGGAGACCACUGAAACUUUUGCCUCAGAUUUCCUGUUUUCACCUGUAGCCUAGCGGGGAGAAGAACCAAUGUCAAGUUCUUCACGUCCCGUGGUCCACACAUUCCCUCCGGCCCCUCUACUCAUCAUCAUACUGUACUGGGAUCUGGUCUCUGCGGAUGUCCAUGUCUAGUCCGUAUCCAUUCCUGAGCUCAUACCAUCUAGAAACAUUCCAUUCCUUCCCUGAAUGUACAGUUAAACUUGUCUUUAACUGUUUUGUUUAAAGGUGAUCUGCUUUCCAAUAAAAUGCUCACAAUA